AUAAUGUUGUCACACAGAAAGUCACUGAUAUGUCAUCAUCUGCAACAAUAGCAGUAGCAGAGAGUAGCCAACCAGGUAGUGCAUGUAAUGUUGGAGUGGAUGUUGAAGCACCUCUUUUGAUUGAGUGGGACAAACUGGAAAUUGCUCCAAUUCCAGUAGAUGACAUUGGUAGUGCAGUGCCGGUGAUUGGGGAAGAUGAAGUGUAUGUCUUGCUUGGUCUAAGAGCUGAGGAUGAGAGAGAUGAGAAUGCUAGGCGUGCUGCUGAAAAUGCUCCUCCACCUACAGCAGCACCUCCUAUUCCUUGUGAUGACAUUGAAGGGGCUGCAAUAGCAGUUGAUGACUUGAUUCCUAGUGAGCCAAUAGUACGUUAUGACAGGGAAGAUCCACCAAUGACUGUAGGAAGCACAUACCCUAGUAUGGAAGAAUUUAGAUUGGCUGUGAGGCAGCAUGCUAUCAAAGGUGAGUUUGAGGUGAGAAUAGAGAAAUCAGAUACUGAUAGGUACAGGGGUUACUGCAAAUCUGAGGGUUGUCCAUGGGCGAUUGUGGCUAGGCUGACACAUGAUAAGAAGACAGUGAGGGUACUGACUACUAACUUUGCCCAAUUAUUGGUUUUGUGGAUUGUAAUGUAAUAAUAUGUCACUAUUGUAUCUUGCAGGUUUCAGUGAACAGAUUUGAACAUACUUGUGCAUCAACUGGUCGAAUUCAGACCAAGAUGGCUUCUAAGGCUUGGAUUGCAGAGAAAGUAGCACCUAUUCUGAGGAAGAACCCAAAUAUUGGUGCAAAGGGUCUGAAGGAGAAGUUGGAGGAGAAGUACACUGUGAUAUUGUCAUAUCAUACUGUAUGGGCUGGUAGACCGAAGGCUGCAGACCAGAUUUUUGGCUCAUGGGAAGACAGUUUUGAGAUGUUGUAUAGGUUCAAGGCAGAGGUCGAGCUGAGGAGCCCUGGGAGUGUUGUAGAGGUAGCUGUAAAGGAGGUUGGAGAUGAGAUUUAUUUUGACAAAUUCUUUUGCUGCUUUAAACCAUGUAUUGAUGGUUUCCUAAAUGGUUGUAGGCCAUAUUUGAGUGUAGAUUCAACUGCCCUGAAUGGGAGAUGGAAUGGCCAUCUGGCUUCAGCUAUUGCCCUUGAUGGACACAACUGGAUGUUUCCAGUUGCUUUUGGAUUCUUUGAUGCAGAGACCACUGAUAACUGGUCUUGGUUCAUGCAUCAACUGCAGAAGGCUAUUGGAAAUCCACCUGAUUUAGCCAUCAGCUCAGAUGCUUGUAAGGGGCUUGAGAGUGCUGUGAAGAAGGUGUAUCCUUGGGCAGAGCAUAGAGAGUGUUUCAGACAUUUGAUGCAGAACUUUAUUAAGAAGUUCCAAGGGCCAGUUUAUGGUAACAUGUACCCUGCAGCCAGAGCUUACAAGGCUGAUAGGUUUGAGCACUAUAUGGGCAUCAUACUUGAAGCAGAUCCAACUGUUGCUAACUACCUAGAUAAGUGGCACAAUCUUCUUUGGAUGAGAUGCAGAUUCUCAGAGGAGAUCAAAUGUGAUUACAUUACCAAUAACCUGGCUGAAUCAUUUAACAAGUGGGUGAAGGACAUCAAGGACCUUCCAGUGUGUGAGCUUGCUGACACAUUAAGGUCCAUGAUAAUGCAGCUGUUUGAGAAGAGGAGAAGGAUAGGUGAGAGACUACAAGGUGUUAUUCUUCCAGCACUAGUUACAGAACUGAAUGCAAUGACUAGAGGUUUGGGGCACUUGAGGGUUACUAAGGGUGCAAAGAAUACAGCAGAGGUCACUGAGAGGACUGUGGAGCAAGAACUACUUAGGCAUGUUGUGCAUCUAGAUAGUCAUGAGUGCACAUGUAGAGAAUGGCAACUUUCUGGGAAGCCAUGCCAACAUGCCUUGGCAUUAAUAACUACUAGUAGAAACCUUAAGAUGGAAGACUAUCUGCAUCCAUGUUAUUCAGUGAGGACUUUUAAAAUAGCAUAUGCAGGAGUAAUUCAGCCCAUGACAGAUAAGUCUCAAUGGCCUAUAGUAGAUCUUGGGUUCAAGGUGUUGCCUCCUCUGUCAAAGAGAUCUGCAGGAAGACAAAGGAAGCAAAGGAUUUUAGGAUGCUUGGAGAAAGGCAAAUCCAGGGGGAAGGGUGCAUGGCAGGUCAAGUGCACAAGAUGUGGAGGGAUGGGGCAUAGAAAGACAUCCCCAAAAUGUCCUUAUAAUGGAACAAAAAAAAGGAAGAAUCAGUCCAAGAAGAUGCAGCCAGGGCGAAAAACAGGUGCAGCUGAAUCUAGUGCCACAACACCCAAAAGGCAAAAGCUUGCAAUGCCUCAGGCUACAAGUUCUAGUCCAGGGCCUGUCACAAGGAGGCAAUUGGCACUAUCAUUGAGUGGUGAAGGACCAAUUCAGUUGCUGGCAACCCCUUCCAGAGUUACAAAAUCACCUGCAAAGACCACUGCAAAGAAGAAGCUCACUCCCAGAAAGGGGAAAAAAUGAUCUGUGCUGUAAUAUUUGGGAUAUUUUGGCACUAUCAUCUGUGCUGUAAUAUUUGGGAUAUUUUGGCGCCUUUU